AAGCAAGCUACCAGAUUCUUUUGAAAAUUUGAAACAUAUUCGAUACAGUGAUUUGUUUGGUACAAAAAUCAAAUGUAUACCUGAAUCAGUGAAUUCUCUUCUCUUUUUGCAAACACUGUUAUUAUCUGGUUAUGAAGAGCUUACUAAGUUCCCUACAAUAAUUGGGAAUCUAAUUGAUCUCCAUCAUCUUGAUAUCAUUGAUACAUUAUCUUUAAAAGAGAUGCCAUCAGGAAUAGGCAAUCUUAAAAAUCUUGUAAUAUUGUCCAAAUUUAUUGUGGAGAAGGCAUGCGAAAUGAUGAGACUAUUUGAUUUGAAGAACUUGUCACAACUUCGAGGAAGACUAUCUAUUCUAGAUCUACAAAGUAUUUUGGAUGUUCAAGAUGCUAGGGAGGCCAACCUAGACAAGAUCCAUGGUUUGGAAGAGUUAGUCUUGCAGUGGACUACUUCUGAUAAUGAUGAAGAUGAAUUGGUCCUAGAAAUGCAAGCCCUCAAGAGGUUAAAACCUCAUUCAAAUUUGAAAAGUCUUGAAAUUUCUUGCUAUGUUGGCAAGAGUUUCCCAAACUGGGUUUGUGAUCCAUUAUUAUUUCUGAAUUUAUCAUCCAUGAAGCUCAUCAAUUGUCAGAGAUGCACUUUGUUAACAUCCCUUGGCCUACUACCUGUUCUCAAAAAAUUGAUUAUUGGAGGCAUGGAGGCAAUAGAAGUUGUGGGUCUUGAUUUUUAUGGGCGGCAUGACUCUUUUCGAUCAUUGGAGGAACUUGUGUUUCAAAACAUGUUAAAUUGGAAGGAAUGGACUUCUACAACUGGAAGUGUAGGUGAAUUCCCUUGUCUUCAUAGGCUUGUGAUUCAAAAUUGUCCUAAGUUGUUAGGCCAAUUAGCCAGCAACCUUUCUUCCCUUAAAGAGUUGGAUGUUAGAAAUUGCAAUGCCAUGCUUUUAGAGAGCAUGGUUGAUCUCACUUCCCUCACUAAAUUGAGAAUAAGGGCAAUUGCAGAAUUGACUCGCUUGCCUGAGAGUUUUGCACAGUCCUUGACAGCAGUUGAGACUCUGUAUAUUGAACAGUGCAAUGAUCUUACUUGUUUGUGGGAGGAAAGGAGAGAAAUAGAACAAGGCCUUUUGCCUUUCAAUCUUAAACAUCUUAGUCUUGAGAGAUGUGGAGCUUUGGAGUCAUUACCUGAUGCAAUGAUGAUGAGGAUGGAUGGAAGCAGUAGCAGCAACACUAGCAUGCUGAUGUUGAGACUAGAAAAGUUGGAAAUUUAUGGUUGUGAUUCUCUCAAGUCUUUUCCAAGACGCAAAUUACCCAUCACGCUUAAAUACUUGAGAAUGCAUUGCACGGGACUCCAAUCCAUUGAUAUUCACCACCGUAAAAUGUUGAAAAAUUUACCCGCCCUUGAUUGCAUCAGCAAUCUCCUUGACUUAUCUAUUUUCGACUGUGAAGCUUUAGAGUCCUUACCAAAAGAGUUGGGGUUAUGCACCCCCAAUCUUAAGUCUUUGAGAAUACAACAAUGUGAGAAUUUCAAAUCCCUCCCAAAUACCAUGUACCAGCUAAAAUCUCUUCAACAGCUAUGCAUUGCAGACUGCCCCGGUAUCGAGUUCAUUCCAGAUGAGGGCUUGCCCCCAAAUUUAACAGAUCUUCAAUUAGAAGACUGUAAGAAUCUCAAGUGUGUGCCGAAUGCAAUGUACCAGCUCACAUCACUUCAAAUUCUAGGAAUCCCAAGUGGGGCUUUGACGAUGGGCCUCCAAAACCUUACAUCUCUUCAAUGGUUGGCAAUUGAGCGAAAAUUCCCUCUAGAUAUUGUGCUGCCUUCUUCUUUAACCUCUCUUCAGAUCUGGAAUGAAGAAAAUUUAAAAUCCAUACCUGGGAGGCUCUUCCAAAACCUAAGCUCCUUUGAAACGUUAUGGAUCUCUAACUGCCAAAAUCUACGAUCUUUGCCAAGGGAAGCCUUCCCUCCCUCGCUUGGACAACUAUGCAUCAGCGAGUGUCCGCAUCUAAAACGACAGCGCUUUGAGGCGAAAGGAGACUACUGGGCUCUCACCUGGAGCAUUCCUUGCGUUUUGAUAGAUGAGGAUGAGGUUGAUUGGUAGAGCGAUCUAGCUACAACCAAUUGUUGACGUAAAUAAAGCGAAGCCACUGCU